AUGUGUUAUUUAGUACUGAUCCGUAGUUAUCUCUGUGCAAUACUUUUAGAUGGUGAAUACUCUGUCAUUAAUAACAAUGAAGUGAAGUGGGCUAAUCUUUUCAUGGAGUUCAUUCUUGGCACCGCGUUUUGUCAAGCUCAGAAAUGCCAAGCUCAUUCCGAUGACAUGAUUUGGUACGUGCAUCAGAUGAAAAUCAAUUCAUCGUUCUACUUGGGUCACUCGCUGGAUUUCUAUGUUACAUGUGCAGUGUGCACGCAAACAAGCCCAAGAAACCUAGAAAUAAUCCGGAAGAACUGCAGAAAGGUUUAUCCAUCUCCUAGCAGGAGGAGAAUGGACAGCAAGGGUGAGAGCGAGGAGAUAACAUAUCCAAAGCUCUAUUUUGCAAUUGAUGGAUUUGAAGAGGCUUUCCAAGACAUUGUGGUUAGGGACGGUGAAUGUGUUUGCGUGGAAUUAGUUGCUCGUGAUAGACAGAAGACAAAAGAGGCGGUCAUAUUUCUUGGUUCAAUCAGAUACGACGUCCUCAGACAAGUUUAUGACGCUAAAGCUUCAACUUCGUGGAAUUGGGCCCAGAAGCUGAUGAAACAAGGUGGAAGACGACAAGAGUUUGUGGGUAUGAGAGGACCGCAUAAAAAAGGAUAUGCUGAAAUGGCCGUAGCUCGAGUUCUUAAUAGUGGUUACGAAACUCCUUUGACGGAAAAUAACAUAGACUUUUCUGAACUAGCUGGUGUUGAGCACACUCUAAAUCGUCGAAGGAUGUCUGAAACAAAUCUUUCUGGUCCGAAAGUGUUCACACGUCCAUCUGUCAUGCAGGGAGCUCAAAUGCCCUAUAGUCGUAGAUGGCAAAGCGAGACAGAUACAGCGAACCAGUAUCCUGAAGUUGAAGGAAGCAACAUUGACGAUGAUUUGGAUGAGGGCGUUUUGACUCGAUUAUGGUCUGUACGUGGAUUUGGGCAAGCAUGGCACUGGCUGCGAGAGAAGAAAAGGGCAGAAUGUACACCACUGAAUGCAUAUCUUACCUAUGUGACACUUUCCUGUACCAGCAUCCUUAAAGAAUACUCAUCAAGCACAUCACAUGUGAUAGUUGGAAUGAUCACUACGUUCACUAUUCCUGAGCAGAAUGGCCGUGCUGCUUGA